CGCCUUCAGCCUUUUCGUGUCCGGUUCAGCAGGUCACCAUCUUGAGCUUCCGACUCUUUGGUUGUUUACUCGGAGUUCCAGAUUCAGCUCAUUUUCAAGGUUCAGGUUCACAGAAAAAGGUUUGAACUUUUAAUCAGUCUGCCUGAGCGGUCCACUCCACAUUUAUUUUCCACCCAAACCGAGGCCGAACCGAACCAUUUCCGGGUUUAACCGGGUUAAAGUUCGCCUUUGGUUCCCCGGAGAGUCUGCAGGUCACCUGGACAGCUCUUUGGAUGAUGGCAAACCCUCUGCGGUCUGAGGUGGUUCGGCUCUACAAGCACGUGGGUUUCAGUUCCUCGUUAUUAAUCAAUCAGCUCCUCUACCUCGGCCGGGAGUACCCGAAAGGCAGCGACUACUUCAGGGACCGUCUGAGAGCGGCGUUCACCAAGAACAAGUCGGUCCAGGACCCGGAGCAGAUCAAGGCCAUGGUCGCCCGGGGGGAGUACGUGGCGCGGGAGCUGGAGGCGCUCUACUACCUGAGGAAGUACCGGGCCAUGAAGAAGCGCUACUACGAGGAGUGAAGACGCUCCGCAAAGACUCACGUAAAAAAAAAAAAAUAGAAACAUUUUUAUUUAAGAACAGAUCAAAGAGCAGCAGCUUCAACAAACCCUGCAGAGUUUAAUAUAAAAAUAAAAAAUAAAAAACACGAAGGGAAUAUAAGUCUAAAAAUAAUCAAGUCAAUCAGUUAUUCUUUAGAAAACAGGGAGGAGUUUCCGGUCACGGCGUAGGGGGCGCUAGAGAGUCUCCAUCAGCCAGGUUGGCCCUGCAGAUCGGACAGGUGGUGUUGUCCUGUCAGGAGGACACAGGCAGGUUAAUACAGAGAUGUUCAUUACAGACAGACAUCUCACUCUGUGAGGAAAUCAGCAGGUUUAUCUAAAGCACAUGUCAAACUCAAGACCCAGGCCAAAAAUCUUCUCUGUAAAUAUGUUUUACAAAGAACUUUUCCAGCUAGCACUGAUUUAGCUUCACCUGGUUCAAAUUCUGUAAAAUAAAUAAAUAAAUCUUCAAUUAA